AUGUACUUUGUUUUGUGUGAAGCGAUUGAAUGCGAAAAUAAUGAUUAUUUUUCAAUCAAUCAAACAAUUGAUUGCAAUUCAUGUAAAAUCAGUGAUAAAAUGCUAAACAAUUGUCAUAUCAUUACUAAAUCUGAUGAUUAUUUACACUGUUUUUGGCCUAAAUGUCAAUUCAAAACAACAACAAAACAACGCUUAACAUUACAUCAAUCAAUUCAUUCAGAAAUAAGAUAA